AGCUGUCCACAAAAAAUCAGGACUUAUUCCUUAUUCAAAGUUACUUACACCUGACGGAAUAAUAUCUGCUUAAUAGUUGUGGGUCUAUUGCUUGCUUACCAGACAUUUGUUGCGACUAAUUGAAAUUUGAGCUGUUCUGAUGGGAUAGAUAAAUGCUAAACUUCUCUUCCUUGGUUGGCUAAGAAUAAUGCUUAGAACCAGGUUUUCAGUGUGAACUCUUGUAAUUAUGAAUUCAAAGUUUGCUUUCUGUGAAUGUUGUGCAGUGUAAUAUGUACUGAAUGGUGACCCACCUGGCCUACUCACAGCCUGGACUGUUACACAAUGCAUUAUAAAAACCCAGUAAAACUUGAUUCCUGGCCCUUGUACCAAUAUUUACUUAAAAAUCAGUUGUUGCAAACACUUCCCAGUGAAAACAGUUGCUAUAAAAUGAUCAACAGAAAGACAACAAAAGACAUGCAAGCUUUGCCUAUUUAGAUAUUCACAGAUUUAUUUUUUUAACUCAACCCUAUGAAUACACACAUCAACUAUUUUAGGCAUGUUUCUUUUGAAUGUAAAUAAAAUUCUGCUCCAAAAGCAUCCUUUUUUCCAUCAGUAUGCUGGCUUUCUAGGUAAUAUGGAUGCUGUUACAACCAUGCUUUCUAGGUUGCCUGCAGACCUUUAGGGCCCUGCUCUAAUACCUGGCACUUUACAUAAAGCACCAUGAGUUAGAAUGCUCCUGCCCCAAAAGAGGUUCAUCUGUUGGGAUGGGGGUGGGGUGGGGUGGGGAGGCCCCCUAGAGCCUGCCUGCACCUGCCCUGCCAGCAGGUGUGGGCACUCCAGCAGCCUCCAGGGAGGCUGCCAAGCUGCCCCUCUCCCCAGCCCUGCCCCACCCACCCCCAGUUAUGGGGCUGUCAGUGGGGGAGGGAAAGGGAGCAGCGUGGAGCUGCCAGCUGCUUUCCCUGGCCAGAGCUGGAGGGGAGGUGGCAGGUGGAAUGGACCCUCCUUGCCUCAGGCUCCCCACCCCCAGCUACCCCAGCUGAGGUAUUGAAGGGAGUUGGACCAGGCCUGUGUGGUGAGGGGAGGGGGGGGUCUCCCUUCCCACGACACCUACCUGGGCCUCUUGACAGUGGCAGCAUGGAGCUGCCAGCUACUUUGCAUAUAGUAAAGUAUAUGCAAAGUAUACUCCCCAACCUCCAAGGCAAAGGGGGCUUUAUUCCACCCUGCUGUCCCUGCUCCAGCUCUGGCCAGGCAGAGCAGCCGGCAGCUCUGUGCUCCUUCUUUCUCCAUUGAUAACUCUGCAAAGCAGGAAAAAUUUAACCCUGGAGGGAACACAUGUUCACUUCUAUGCGUGAAGAGGGGAACAUAAACUAAUGUGUAUUGCUAUGUAAAAAGCAAAUAAAAUCUGUUGUAAAAUGCCAUAUGUUUCUGGGCUUCUGUAUUUUAAAGACUGGCUUAAAUGUUUUUCUUAGUAGUAUCAGCAGACUGUACCAUACAUUACAUGGCUCCUGUAGGUACCAGUCAAGGAACUGGCUCGCAGGGAGUGAGUGGCAGGGCAGUCCUGCUAAAGAUCCCCAUCUGCCAGUCUUCAGAGCGUCCCUCUGGGGCUUGUGGAUAGUUGAGCCUGCAGUAUACAUUUGUAUUUCAGCUUUUUUGCUGGCUGCCAGUUAGUGUUAGUAGAAUCUAGGACAUGGAUUAAUGUCUGCUAAGAAGGGACCACCAAGGAAACCCACAGGAAGAGGUAUUGGAUGGCUUUUGGACUCAGUUGUCCAGGAUUGAUUUUGGACCUGUAUUCUAGAAGCUGUGUAACCUCUUUGGACCAUCCAGUCACUGGAAUAGCUCCCUCUUAGUUGCCUUCAAAUAGAAAAAGAUAAGGUACAUUAAACAAAUAGUACUGGUGUAAUGUGUGACAUGUGUGCAAAAAUUGAUGCUUUGUGUGAAAGCCACCCAACCUGUUCAGCUGGUUUCUGGUAAAUGAGCUAGCCAGUGAGCAUGCCCAGAACUUUAUCUGCUGUGCAUUAUUGAGACCUGAUUACAUGGCAUAACUCUGCCAUUGGUGUGCCUUUCAUCUGGGAGGUAGUGAGUGCACCUUGUAUGUAUUUAACAGGCAUAACUUAACCCAGGGACCAUACUGCUUUCACUGAGAAAAGCUGCACCCUGGACAUUCUGCAUGUGGGGAGUGUCUUUGCUGCAGAGAAAAUGGGGCAGAAGGUAUCACUGGAUAACAACCAGAACAAGGCUGACAUUCUAGUUUUAUGUGACUUAUUCAGCCAAGUUCUUGUCCAUGCAUCUCAAAAGCUGAAAGAUUAUCUUGUUGAAGAUCCUCAGAGCAAACUCCACCCAGCUACAAAUACAUUUGAUGAGAUCUUUUUAAUCAACCUCAUCAGCUUCUGUGUUGAAAAAGGAGUCAUCACAACCAGCAAAAUGACCAAGCAGCAGUUCUGGCUCUUUGGGGUUGACUGGAUCUGGACACUAAGAGCUGACAAGCAAAUCAAGCUUCAGAUUGCUGUUCAGUCUUUGCAGGUGGUGGAACUCCUUCACAAUAAAGACAGCUCCAGUGAACUGUGUGGCCUCUGCAAGGAAGCCAUGUUAGCAGACGAGCUCUUUUCAAACCUGCUUUUGUUUUUAAAGCUGGAAAAAUUCUGCUUGCUGGUGGGACAAGACUGUCUGGGCCUCUUUAUAGCAUUUGGUAUGCCUGGGAAGCCAAAAGAUGUUAGAGGAGUCAUGCUAGACAGCAUCAACAGGGAGAAGCAGAACCAGCACCUCUCAGGCACAAAAGCUUUGAGACAGUGUUUGAGCACAGAGAGAUUCCUUGCUACAAAAGAAAUGCUAGAAAACUGCCUCGGUAAUAGAAAUGGGCGGAGGCAGGUAGACAAGGUUUACAUUAACUUUUCAAAUUGUAAAUAGCUAAUAGUAGAAAAGUUGGGACCCAGUUCUCAAAAAAAAAAUAAAAAAUCUAGGACUACACGCACAGUUCAGUGCAGCUGUUUAGACUGAGCACUUGAUUUUAUAGGAACCGAGUCUCUUCUAUUUUUAAAUCUAAAAAGUUUAAUAAAGAGGGACUGAAUUUUAAGAACAUUUUUGUUCUCUGGGUAGUAAUCCUUUUCUAAAAUAUUCAACUGGACAAAAAGCUUAUCACCCAAACCUUUGAGAAGAUUUGUAAAAGAGUUUGUCUUUGUUUAGAGUGGGCAUAAAGACUGUAGAUGGUUCUUAACUUGAACACUUGACCUUAUAAAGAUGUGCUCUCAUUCCAACUAAUAAUACAAGGCACCAAUAGCAGGAUUUUAUAAUUCUGGACUGUAAAUUCUAGAUUCUUGAGUAAUUGUAGGGAAUCUGGCCUAGCAAGGAAAAAGACCAGACUGUAGCUAAGAUCUUUCUCAUUUAAACCUUAACAAGUAUAAAAAAAAAUAACUUCAAGAGUUAUAAGAGGAAGAAAGAAGCCCCAGCUGAUACUGGAUUCCCAUUUUACAGUGUAUAGCAAAAGUGCUUGUCCCUACCCAAAACCUAGGUGAGAGUUUUCCUUUGAGCCAAAAUUGCACCUUAGGUCUUGUGGUUGAACUUAAAUCCCUUAUGCUAUAUGCUUUCUCUCUCUUUAAGAACAAGGGCUGCUUCCUGAUGUUAAAAAAAAAAAAGCAGCAGCAAAACACGGCACUUUACUGUAAGCUCAAUGCGUUGUCAGAACAAUUCAGAAUGUUAAAAUUUAUAAUGAAAAAACUUAAGAGUAUUGUAUGUUUUACUCAAUAAAAGGAUUCUAUGGAAUGUUACAUGUCAUAAGUAGAUACAGUUCUCUUAGGUUAGCUAGGCCAAUAUACUGCUACAUUAUGGAGAAGUGUGCGGUUUUAUAGAAGACUUUAACAUGUUUCAGUGUAGAAGUCAUUAGUAAAUGUAGCAAAAAAGCACUUACUUUAAUUUUUAGGCUUAACUCUUCCUAGUGGAAUAUAUGGCUGAAUUGCACCUUUAAAAAUAAGAUCCACUGAAGCCAAAUGUAUAAAGUGCAUUUGAAAUAUCCCAUUCCUUCUAGGGACACUAGAUGGCUGAAGGCCAAUCUCCCAUUUCACAACCCUGAACAUUCUGGAGUUGGGAAGAAAAUGCAGAACUUGAAGACAGAUUCCUUUCAGGUGAGGUAAAAGCAGAGUAGAGAGAUGCAGUCAGUCUUCUGUUAUCCAAAUAUUCUGGAAAGCACCUUAAGUGCUUUCCAGAAUAAAAACUGUGGUAAUUUCAGAGGGCAAGAAAAGGAUUAGAGUCAGAUAAAUGGAAUCUUUUCUUUUCUUUUUUGCUUCUCACCAGGUAGCAGAUUUUGCAAAGUCACCUGGUGUUAGAAAGUAACAUACACAAGAUCUGUUGAAUAACUCCACUGUAAAAUAUUUUAUUUCUUGCACAAACAUUUUGAAAAAAGCCCAGUAGCUAGAUAUGCAGGAUAAGGAAUACAAAACAGCUUACAAUUGACCAGCUGAAGUUACUCAUCAAAAUUAAGUGUUAAUACAGUUAUGACAAGGUCUUUGGGUAUGUUUUCCCCCACAUGGAUAUGAAUGAAUGAUCACUGUUUAAAUUUUCACUGGUUACUUGUUACAAAGACAGAUUUAAACUUGUAGAGGAAAUUAUUGGUAUAUAAUAUACGGUUGUUUGAAAGAACAAAUUUCAGACUACAAGAAGCACAUAAGUCAAGAGGUCCCAGGCAGAGGCCUGGCUAAUAAAAUUAAGUUAAUAGAAUUAUUUGUCACAGGUUUAGCUUUUCCUCACUGAAGUCAAACCAGAAAUUAGCCUUAAGUAGAGAAAGCCAAGCUUGUACGUAGGCACAGAGGACAUGGCAAAUUAUCUCAGAUAGUGACUUGUAUCUCUGUACAAUGAAAAUUAGAGAUCACUCAACAACAGAAGCAGCCUUUAACUAGUACUUUGCAGGCAAGUAAAUGCUUCCAGCCUUCAUCAUUUUAUUUAUCAGAACAAGAUCUUAUUACUUAAGUUUGGCCUGCGGAUCACUUUCAGACGUGGGAGUAUCUCUACCUCUUGAAGGUAGAAAAUUUUGGUUAUGAGAUGCAUUAAUAUUAGGUACAAGCUGCUUAACUCUCAGCUACAUCAAACUACUGUCCUUAAGAAGCACUUUUGGAUUCAGAGAGACAUUUUAAAGUUGCUGUCAGUUUGACUUAAGUUUGAGCUGACAACAGCUUUUCCAGGCAGACUUCUACUUGAGUUUUGCUUGAGCAAAGCAUGUAGGGUGGAGGCCCUGAUUUUUUUUUUUUUUUUUUUUUUUUUUUUUUUUUUUUACGGUAUAGGUAGGAGGAGUAAUUGUAUACAAGGACAACAGACUAUGUGGUUAAACACAGCACAGUGAAGAACUGCCUUCUGUGCAGUCAUUGCUGAGCACAGUAGCGGAGAAAGGUCAGAAGGGAAGUCCUAGAGAAAAGGGACUCACCUGUCAGAUCUAUAUAGAUAGAUUUCCUGCAGAGGGAACACGCACAACUGUUCUUUUUCCACAACAGCACCAUCAGCUCUUCCGAGUAAAAAAAAAAAAAAAAAAACAA